GAACAGUUGGCACUUGCCGUCUUGACGAAGUACAACGUCAGUUCACUCGGGUAUUUUUGUUAGUUAUCAGCUGCCAAGCGACUUAGGGGAAGAACCGACAAAUAUUAGGAGUUUGAGGGAGCACUGCUCUUUGUUCCAGCUCUUCCCACAAUGGGGGAGAAACAGCCAAAAUUACGAUGGUGCAUCGCCCGGAGUGUGAGAAUGAGGCGAAGGUCCGCUUUCGUCGCUUCAGUGACAAUCCUCUCGAUCUUGGCUCUUGUGGCUUCUGUCGACGCUCAGGCAAGGAGGACGAAUGGCCCGCAGCGCGGCUCCCCAAACACCUCAGGAAAUCCCGCCAUUCCACCUCCUCCUCCUCAGAACGUCAACGCCACAUUGACAGCAAAUGAAAGCACAGCUUUCGUCACCUGGGAUCCAGUUGAAGGUCAUAUAGAUAAGUUCUUAGUAAAGAUUAGAUGUCACGACCGUGUUGUGAAGUGUUGUGGGUCUUGUGAUAGCAACCAUACAGCUGAAGGUAAUGAAACUGAGAUUGCCUUUGAGGUGGAUAGUGCUACCAGGUAUGACAUCCAAGUGGCUGCAAGUUUGGGAGAUAUAGUUGGAAACUACAGUUCUAAAGUGUCCAUAGAAACAAAAGCAACCGCUCCACGGAGACCUGAAAUUACACCAAAAAUCACCAACACAUCAGUUACUUUGAACUGGAACUACACUUGCCCUUACACAGGGCCUGUGGAGUAUCAGGUCAAAAUAGGUGAAGAACAGAGUGGUGUGCUCAAGUCAGAGUCUGAGGAUGGCUGCAUGUACAGUUUCACAACUACAGAAUUGCAGCCCUUUACAGAUAUCCCUUACUCUUUCUUGGCUGAGAAACCUAGUUGUCAGGCUGAAUGCAAAGGAAUCUCGAAUCAAAGGGAGCAAACAACCACAUUCAGGGGAGACUUUGACGAAACCUCAGUGCCCUCAGAUGAGGCAGAAGAUGCCUCCGAUAUUACUGAUGACAUUGAAAGUUUAACACCUUCCAUCAGCAGUGUAGUAACUAAUUCCAGAUCUUUCACCACUACUAAUUAUGAGGGCACAAGUGAGAGAACCGACAAUCUAUCGAAGAAUGAGGAUUUACCUUGCCCCCAUAUUUGCAUUAGUGACAGUGUCAAAACUCUGCCUAAUGUUGCAGGAAAACCAGAGUUGCAUAUUCGUUGGCCAGACUUCAAAACAGAUACCAAAACAACCAUUCGUUAUGACUUCGUGCCGAGCAGUUCUGUAACGGUGAAAAGCUACAAUAUUUCCGUUACAGUUGGGAAUAAGACUGAGUAUUGUGACACUAGUGGACCAAGAUCUAGUAGCUGUGUAAUAUGCCCCAAAUGCAGUAUCAGCACAAAAGAGGCAUACUUUGAGAAUACAAAAAUAAAUACCACUUACAGUAUAGAGGUUAGAGCAAUGAAUUCGUUUACAAGUGAAUAUGGUCCACCAGCAGUAAAGAGCCACACCACAGGCAUUGGCUGGCCAGUCAUAAAAAGGAAUCCUGUUGAGUAUUGGAGCCGAACAGAACUUCACAACUAUGCCUUAUACAAGGUUUUCCCAAUCAAGGUUUGGAGGAAUGCAAUUGAUGACAGUCAUGGACCUAUUACAUUAUUUCAGAUUCUUUUGAGUGACCAGGGUUGCCAGGGCAAAGAUGUACAUGGAUAUUUUACAAAACCAGAUGACGAUGAUCAUUCUAAGACUUUUAAAGGAGAUGUUAAGUAUCAGAAUUCCUCAGUGCCGCCAGAAUUUAAAUUUGAUAACCUAGAGUCUUCAACUAACUAUUUCUUCAAGUUUCGUAUAUAUUCAUAUGAAAACUUUACUGACUCGAUGUGCUAUUCAUUUAUCACAGAUAGUAAUUAUGUAAGAGAUAACGCAAUCAACAUCAGUUUGGUGGUCAUCGUACUGCUGUUCGUGACAUGUAUUGCAUUAAUCAUCUAUAGACGACUGUACUCUCCUGUCCUCAAGUCAGGUGAUGCCAUGGAAUUACCAUUAUUGUUAAUGCCUGUGGUUGAUGAAGAUUUAUCCAAGCCCAUUCGCCUGUCAAACAUAUCUGAUAGAGUUCAGCAUCUGAUGGCUGAUGAUCAGACUGAGCUAAAGAUGGAGUAUGAUGAACUAGGAAAAAAAUGUCUCUCCAAACCAACUACAGUAGCAAAUAAUCCAUUGAACAGGAGUAAAAACCGUUACAUCAAUAUUCUCCCAUUUGAUGAAACGCGGGUAAUCUUGAACGAAUAUCGAGGGAUCCCUCAGAGUGACUACUACAAUGCUUCUUAUAUCCAUGGAUAUGAAAAACCAAAGGAGUUCAUUGCUUGCCAAGGACCCAGGGAACAUGAGAAGGAUACCUUCUGGAGGAUGAUAUGGGAGAAGAACGUCCAUGUCAUUGUUAUGGUUACCAAGUGUGUAGAAUCUAAAAUGGAAAAGUGCUCUAAGUAUUGGCCAGAUGCUUCAGGGAGUGACCUCAAUCUUUCCAUGUCUGAACUGAGAGUGAGGACCUUGAAAGAAACUCCACACACUGAAGAAGGAUAUAUAUGCCGCACCAUUAAGCUUUCAAAGCAAUCCUUGAUUCCUAUUCCGAAGCCACGAAUCAUUCAACAAUUCCACUACAUGCUGUGGCCUGACAUGGGAUGUCCUAAGAACCCUGACCACUUAAUUCAUUUUACUAAUGUAGUCAAGAAAGCCAUUCCUCCAAAGACUCGUACAGUAGUGCAUUGCAGUGCUGGGGUUGGUCGCACAGGCACAUUUAUUGCUCUUUGCAACCUCCAGGAAGAAAUGAAGGCUAAAAACACUGUAGAUGUUUUUCAAGCAGUUUACAGGAUGCGUCAGAACCGUGUAAACAUGGUUCAAACUCUGGUUCAGUAUGGUUUCCUUUACAAAUGUGUUCAGAGGUGGGAGGAGAUGCAGUCAAGUAACCAUAAGCUAGAUCAAGUUCUUAUUCAUGACAACAUUCCUGAUGUGAUAACAACUACCUUUUCUGCUCUGAAUGCCUCAGAUAUGGAAGAUGAUCCUUAUCAACCUGAAGAGACUUCAAGAAAUUCGGAGUUAAUUCUGGACAACCUUAACAAAUCUGCAUCACUUAUUGAACUUGAGUCAAUGACAGAUGAGGGGAGUCUAGAACAGGACUUUACUGAAAUUCCUGAAGAUGAUGCAACGUCUAAGCAAGGUGAAAUUCCUGAAGAUGAUGCAACGUCUAAGCAAGGUGAUGUAACUACUAAUGGAGAUGGUGAAGCUGCCAAAGAUUAUGAGACUACUAAGGGAGACGGAGAGGCUACCAAAGAUUACGAGACUACUAAGGGAGAUGGAGAGGCUACCGAAGAUUACGAGACUACUAUUACUAAGGGAGGUGGUGCAACUACUAGAGAUGAUGCAACUACAAAGGACAGUGAUCUAACUGCUAUGAAUGAUUGUCAGGGCGACAGCCUCAAAUAAGAAAGCUAACAGAAUGACAAGGAAGGCUAAUUAGUGAAAGCAAAAGCUUAACAUUACAGUAUUUCUUUGUAGACAUACAAAAUUCAAACAAUAUAGUAUAGCAACCUGAUAUAUCUGUACCUGGCAAGUAUGACAUGUAUAGUGAGUGACUGUGUUCAUCAUGAAAAAUGAAAAGUGCAUUUAGGGAAUGUGAUACUUUACAACAUGCAAGUAUUUCUAAAUAUAAGAUAUGCAACAUAUCUGGUGCUUACAUCAUUAAAUCAAUAGUUGACAAUUAAUGCUACGAGAUGUCAUCAUAACAUUUUUGACUCUGUUGAAACCACAGCUAGGAAAUUUUUGGAUACCAAAUUUUUUUAGGUACUUGGGAAAUAGAGAAAACAAAAUACUACUUGGAAUCUGGAAAGCUCUCAACUAGGGUUACAAUAGCACCAGAUGACAAUGGAAGCAGUUUAAUUUUGUGCCCCAAACAUUUUAUUUUUUUGACGAAUUAAAAUUUUCCCAUUUCUUUAGAUAUAUCACAAGUGUGUAUCAAAUGACUCGAUUAUUUAGUGCCUCAAGUGUGAAACAAAUAUACGUAUAUGUGAAAUAUUUCUCCAUUUUUAAGUUCGGUUUUUAACCCAACCUCCACUUCCUUGUAUACAUUUUUACAUGGACAUAUUUCAUUUUGGGAUGGUAACUUGGGAUACUGUAUAUGUAAAGCCCCUCUGAACAUAGCUUCUCAAAGGUUUUUAUUACUAUACUAAUUUAGUAGUUUAACCAGACCAAUGAAUUACUCCUAGCCAUAAUUAUAAAUGUUUUGGUGUUGACUUUUCAAAACUGGCAGUGGGCAAAAUACAGAUCAACAAAAUUUGUCCGUGUUUACUAAAUCAUUGCAAUAUUUGAGUAAGCAUUUUCUCAAAAUGAUAAAAAUUCUUAUAAAACAAAUACAUAUUAGCUUAUAUUCUGAUGUCAAUUGAGAUUUUAACUACAACUCAACCAAUUUUGAAUGACUGCAAUCUACAAAAGCAAAGUAGCACUGCAAUUUAUAAUUUGACUUUUACAUCAUUGCAGCCUCUGCAUUUUCAUUAUAUAUAACUAUAAUAAAUACAAGGUAUGUAACAUCUGUGCUUCUUCAAAUUGAUGAAUCACUUUUUGUGUGCACAAUGUAAUUUUUGUAAAUGAUUUUAGUUGAUCUGAACAUUCCUUUCAGGGAUACCUGUUAUUUUAUACAGGCAGCCUCCGGUUAUCUGAGUUUGGGUUUUGUGGUGCUUGUCAAAUAUAUUCAUAACUGGGCAAAUAUAUUCAUAGAUGGUUUACAGUGCCAUUGUCUGGUUAUUGGUAGCUUAGGCGCUUUAUGACCCUCAUAAAAUAGAAACAAAACAAAUAUGCAUCUUUGUCAUGAAUUUUUUAAAAGUUAUGCUUUACCUCACUGUAUCAAUAAUAUUGUAUAUAUUCUUAUAUUACUAUUGUAUUAUAAAAUACAAACAAAGCAAUCAGUGUUUUGGUUUGGAAAAGUCAGCAGAGGGUGAUUACGAGGUAAGUUUAUUUCACCGUACUUUACGCAUUUCAUUGUGAUUUUCUUGCUUCUAGUCAGCAAAAAUGAAACCCCUCAAUUGUUCAUAGCUAAAUAACUGUUUUUGUUUGGUUCUUUUCUGGCUGUACACAUUUAUGCAACGAUUAUAACGUUACUAACUAAUCAUUCCCUGUUACUCUUUUAUUUAUCAAUGGAUGUGAAUUAUGAUAUCGUGAUAUCGUAAAGCAUUCUGACAACGGUGACUUACACACACACACACACACUCUCCCUCUCUCUCUUUGUUUGCCAGUAAGUUCAUUGAAUCAGGCAUUAAAAAUAUAUAGAACUACCAUGCAGACCAUAGUAAAGGAUUAAGCAAAAGAAAUUCCACAUUUUCACUAAAGAGUUAUUGCAUAUUGGGUAGGUAUCUGGCCAUGGCAAGGUCUUAAGAUGUUGUUAACCAGUCUAGGGAGGAUUGCCCAACUUUGAAUUUUGGUUAUCGGUGAUUUUCAGUUAGUUAUCAUCAAGCCCCCAGGAACGGAAGUCUGUCGAUAACCGGGGGCUACCUGUAUAGUGUAAAACUUUUAUUCACUCUACCAUUGCAUCAGAAUACUGUAAUAGUUUGCUGAUAUACUGUAACGCUAUACUUUCUAAGUGCCUGAAUGAUUUCAUUGUACUAAUUCAUAAUAAAAUUAUUUUUAAAAACUGAAA